ACUGUGGGUACAGUCAGUGGUGCUACGAGGUCUUCAUCCAGUACAGGUGCUGUGGCUCAGUGGGUACAGUCAGUGGUGCUACGAGGUCUUCAUCCAGUACAGGUCCCUGAAACGAGCACGGGACAUUCGGGACCAGCUGGUGGGUCUCAUGGAGCGGGUCGAGAUCCCCUUGACCAGCAACGUUGGGGACUCAGAAGCGAUACGCAAGUGCAUCACCGCCGGCUACUUCUACCACAUCGCCAAGUUCAGUAAAGGCGGAAUGUACAAAACUGCUAAGAAGUCCCAGACCGUCCUUAUGCACCCACAGUCUUGCUUGGUUGAGGAUCUACCACGCUGGGUUGUGUACCAUGAACUGGUUAUGACUACCAAAGAGUAUAUGAGGACGGUUACUACCGUGGAGGGGAAGUGGUUGAUGGAGGUUGCUCCGCACUAUUAUAAGGAUAGUGAGGUCAAUGAUUCAAAUACCAAGAAGAUGCCCAAGAAUAAGGGUAAAGCUAUGGCCGAACUUACUAAAGAUUAUGGCGAGCCCAGCAGAUAAAUCAGGCACUUUGAAGUCAGGGGCCAUACUAUCAAAAAAUCGCUAAAUGAACGUGAGUACUCACGCUCUAUU